AUGUCUGCGGACCCUGGGCCCCCAGAGCCAGGCGUGCUGGGCCAGUCUCAGGGGCCAGUGGGGCUGCAGACGCUGCUGGACCUGCUGGUGGGCGUGUACCAAGAGUUUCGUGCCUCACCCCUGGCCCGGGAGAAGUACGUCUCAGGCUUCCUGCAGUGGGCCGAGCCCCUCAUAAGACAGGUGAAAAAGACUCGCAUCCAGAGGGAUGACUUUCACAUCCUCAAGGUGAUUGGCCGAGGGACUUUCAGCGAGGUUGCCGUGGCGCGCAUGCGCAGGACGCAGCAGGUGUAUGCCUUGAAGAUCAUGAACAAGUGGGACAUGCUUAAGCGCGGAGAGACAGCAUGCUAUCAGGAAGAACGCGAGGUCCUGGUGAAAGGGGACCGGCGCUGGAUCACUGAGCUGCAUUAUGCUUUCCAGGAUGACAACUACCUGUACCUGGUGAUGGAUUACUAUGUGGGGGGUGACCUGCUGACACUGCUCAGUAAAUUUGGGGAUCGAAUUCCUGAAGACAUGGCCCAGUUCUACCUGGCGGAGAUGGUGAUGGCCAUUGACUCUAUCCACAGGCUAGGCUACGUGCACAGGGACAUCAAACCUGACAACAUCCUACUGACGGCCGAGGGCCACGUGAGGCUCGGGGACUUUGGCUCCUGCCUCAGGCUUCAGGACGAUGGCAUGGUACACUCCUCACUAGCAGUGGGGACGCCAGACUACCUGUCCCCUGAGAUCCUGCGUGCAGUGGAGGGUGGGGGAGGGUAUGGCCCGGAGUGCGACUGGUGGGCGCUUGGCAUCUGUGCCUUCGAGAUGCUGUUCGGAACCACCCCCUUCUACGCGGAGUCCAUCUCUGAGACUUACAUCAAGAUCAUUCACUUCCAGGAACACUUUGAGUUCCCUCCUUCGGGCCCUGAGGUUUCGGUGGAGGCUCGCGCACUCAUCGAGGGGCUGAUCUGUGAGAGGGAGGAGCGCCUGGGGAGUGCAGGCUCCGGAGAGUUCAGGAGCCACCCCUUCUUCUCUGGCCUGGACUGGGGCUCCCUGCACCACCUGCCUGCCCCCUUCAAGCCUGAGGUCUCCAAUCCCACCGACACCUCCAACUUCGAUGUUGUGGACGACUGUCUGAGCGAAAUGGAGACGCUGUGUGACGUGAUGGACAGGGCACCUGUGGGGGUUCACCUAGCCUUUGUAGGCUACUCCUACACAGCCACCAGAGAGACAGGUGCCCUGGACCGCAGUCAGGACAUCAUGAUGGAGAUUGAUAACCAGCCAAUCAGAGACUGUGGGAGCCUGCGGUUCCAGGAGAAAUUGAGUCAGAUGUGGCAACUCAGGGAGAGUGUGCCAGCCGAGCUACCUGCCUUGCUGGAGCUCCCCCUGGCUCUGGACAAAGGCAGUGCAGAGCUCAUGAACACUGAGGCCGAGGCAGACCUGAGCACAGUUCAUCAUGAAGAUUUGUACAGGCGGCUACAGGAGGCAGAGAAGAGGAAUGAGGAUCUCGAGAGGGAGAUGGAGAGACUGCGGGAGGAAGUACAGAGCUUGAGGGCCGCGAGGGAGACAGAGCUGACUGUCUGCCCGUCCCGCCUCUCUUUGCCUGCCCACUGCCUGGACCCCAGAACAGUAGCGCCCCCUGCCUGCCAUUACCCACUGGUCAUCCCUCUCCACCGACACCUGCUGCUGUUCCACAGGGUGCGCUGGCCGCAGGUGACGUGUGAGGGUUACCUGUUGGUGUGUGUGGCAGGGGUGGAGCUCCAGGCCUGGAGGCGACAGUGCAGUACUGAGCUUUCCUGACCCCUAGGCGACACCUGGUGACCCCUUUCUCCCAGGUUCAGAAAGCUAACUCCUCCCCUCACCACACCCCGUCAGUGAAAUGAAGUACUGCAGGGCGGCGGAGAGGAAGGGGUUAAUGUGCACAAAACGGCAGCAACUGACCUCAUGGCAUUACAUCAUGACACAAAGGACAGCGGUGGGGA